AUGGUCGACGUAUCCCUGGCUACCACAGAAGAACCAAAACGAAAGUUAUUAUCAGGCGGUAUCUCAUCAAGGGCCUCGGCGAGAUCUUACAUCUUUGGUCUAGCGAGGCACUUACCUGCAAUGGAGACCCACCAUCCUAAUGAACGUCCGAUGACAACCAAAGUCAGCAAUUUCAUGAAAAGCAAGGCAUGCCUCUCAGUCUCGUACGGAGGAGCUAACAAUAUCCCAGGCAAAUCAGAUAUCGACCUCUCUCAACGCAUCCGUGAUAACCAGCGGCGUUCGCGUGCACGCCGCAAAGAAUAUAUCCAAAACCUCGAGCAACGCCUACACAGGUUCGAGGUCCUCGGGGUCCAGGCGACACAAGAAGUUCAAGCCGCGGGACGAAAGGUGGUAGUGGAAAAUACUCACCUCCGGUCGCUGCUCAAACUGCACGGUGUUACUGACUAG